CUCAGUAGAAGGCAGCCAGUUACGCUACUGUUCGGACGAAUUUCUCCUGUCGUAAAAUUUUGGGAAAAAAAUUCAAUUUUUAUUUUCUUUUUUUAAGAACGCGCUAAAAAUCUGUAAAAAUACCAAGUGCUGUCGAAUCAUUUCGCACUUACUUUGCGUUGCGUUUAUAAAUUUAUGUUUACUUGAAUCUCGCUCGGACAAACUGCAAAAUGACUUCGAUCGAAUCGAAACGCGUGCAAUAUCGAAAGUAUUUGGAGCGCGCCGGGGUCAUCGAUGCCCUUAGCAAGGCUCUGAUCAAGCUUUAUGAGGAGCAGAAUAAACCGGAGGAUGCCAUCCGCUUUGUACGCAAGUUCAUGUGCGAAAGCUGCCCGGAUGAUGCCCAGUACGAUGUGAUGAAGAACGAUCUGGAGGAGGCCAAGACACACAUCUCGAAACUGGAACAGGAACUUGAGCGGCUACGCGGUCAAAUCAAGAAGUCACCGGAGGAGUACCAGGAGCUUACUACCGAGGGCUACAAAUCGCUCAUGGAUGAUGAGGAGAACGUCAGCUCGCUGCUGCGCAAAUAUCUUACGCCGGAACUGUUGGAGGAGUACAUGCUGGUCACCACCCCGGCGCCAGUGGACGCUUAUCUAUACGAUUGCGCCGUUUCCGGAUUCGAGCACCACGAGGCGCCCGUUGGCAUCUACGCAGCGGAUGCCGACAGCUACGACGUGUUCAACAAGCUCUUUGACCCGAUCAUCAAGGACUAUCAUGGCCAGAUGGACAACGAGAACGAUGUGCUGCAGAAGGAUCCGGACUUUGGCAACGUGGACGAGAUCGAGAACCUGGAUCCGGAGCGCAAAUACAUUAUGUCCGCGCGAAUCAGAUUGGCCCGCAACAUCGAGGGUCUACCCUUCUUCCCCAAGCUCACCGAGAAACAGUUUAUCGAGGUGGAGGAGAAGGUGCGUGCGGCCACGGAGACCAUGGAUGGCGAGCUAAUUGGCUCCUACCUGACGCUGGCCGACAUCGAUGCCGAGACCCAGGCCGAGAUGGUCAAGCGGCAUAUACUCUUUCAGCGAGGUGAUGAGAAGCUGACCUCCGCCGGCUGUUAUCGAUUCUGGCCGACAGGUCGAGGUGUCUAUCACAACCCCGCUGAGACCUUUUUGGUCUGGGUGAAUCGUCAGGACCAUGUGCACAUCAUGUCUAUGGCGCAGUGCGGAGACUUGGGCGACGUUUACAAUCGCCUGGUUAACGGACUAGGUGAGCUAGAGAAGACGCUGGCUUUUGCCCGGCAUCCGCGUUACGGAAACCUAACUGCUUGUCCCACCAAUUUGGGCACCACCCUGCGUGCCUCGGUUCACAUCCGGUUGCCGCUGCUCAGCAAGGAUCCUGAUCGUCUGAUCGCACUCGCCGAAGAGCUGCAGCUGCAAGUACGUGGCACCGAUGGCGGCGAGUUGGCCACCGUGGAAGACGGUGUCAUGGACAUAUCUAAUAAGCGAAAGUUGGGCUUCACCGAGUUCGAGCUGGUUAAGACUCUGCAGGAUGGCGUUGUGGCCCUGAUCAACGCCGAGGAAGAGCUCGAAAUAGCCGGACAGGAGGGUUAGAAACGACAAACACCGAAAUACCGAAUUUUGACAGUCCGAAAAGCAAUCCAUUUCACCAUACAAAAUACUCACAUACAGACAGACGAUAGAGAAACAGGAGCAGCGUAUCUUUGGUUAAAUAAAUUUGUCCCGUAGUCCCAGACAAUCACUCAC